AUGCUCAGCGCGGAGAUGUCAGAAGGUCGGACCAAGACGAUCGAGCUGUCGGAUGUGACCCGUGCAGACCUCCUCUUCUUCCUCCGGCUCCUUUACACUGGCCAGGUGGAUGAAGCGGAUUGGGAUGGACUGUCAGGAACGCCACACUUUCAAGUCCCAUGGCACGGCAUAAGCGGGGGCCCUCUGGGACCUGACGCGAGCACCGCUGAGGUGACGGCUCCCGAAGAUGCCGAGCCAGCGAGUGCCGCCCUGCUCAACGGCAUUUACACGGCGCGGGGGCCGUCUGCCGACUUGCUCACGACAUUCUCUGCCUUGCUCAAUGAUUGA